GAUAGCAAUACACAAUGCCUGAAGAGCUGUGCGUAGUUGACUUCACGAACCAGUUGCAUGGUUAAUCGUUGAGACGAGAGGAGAAACUAUUUUUUCAGAGUUAAAAGUAACACGUUCUUUUCUCAUAUACCGAUUUAUAUUUCGUUUUCAGAUGGCCUCGUUCCUCCAACAAUUACGACUUCUGCUGUGGAAAAAUGGCCUAAGUGUUAUUAGGCAGCCCGCCUGGUCUGUGGCUCUCAUCGUCUGGCCCCUAGUGAUCUUCAUCAUCCUCGCCAUCACUCGCUCUCAGUUCCCUCCAGUACCUAAAGACACAUGCUAUGUGGCCCCUCGGAACCUGCCGAGUGCUGGGUUCUUCCCUUUCUUGCAGACCCUCAUGUGUAACACAGACAGCACCUGCUCCAACCGGUCCCAUCUUGUGAAGUCUCGUUCCGGUGGCUCCUUGCGCAUGGCCUGGACCUCUGAGGACACUCACAGGCUGUCCUCACUGCCGUUCGGCCCGGGCACCAUGGCUGCUGUCCAGAACAGGGGUUUGGUCCAAGCCUCCCUGAUGGCAGACACUGCUGACCAGCCACAGUUAAUGGACAUCUGGGACAGAAUGCUGAACUCCAGUCAUCAAGGUAUGCCCAACAAGACUACCAUCAUUGACACCUUGAACUCUACCCUGCUGCAAGACCAGGAGGUGCUGAAUGCCAUAAUGGAGUCUGUGAACCUGCUGAAAAGGUCCCUGUGUAACGUCUCCCUGUCCAUCCUGAAAAUCUCGGGCCACUCCUCCAUAGACCCAUUUACCUACGGCCUAGUCUCCUUUUGCAAGACGAAUGACACACUCCUGGAGGUCUUUCUGCUCACCCUCAACCAGGUGAUGACGGAGGUGCUGCUGAACAACCCCGUGGCGUUGCUGGAGAGCCUGGGGGAGGCGGUGGUGGUGUUCGAUCGUCUCCAGCUGCAGACCCCGCUCUGGGAGACAAUGCUGGCACUUCCUCGCCUCUUCCUACCCACCAGCUUGGAGGAGAAGCUAAGUGACGGAUAUGUCCUGCUGUACAAUAUCAAGAGGACUCUGAAUGCCAUCCAGAGCAGUUUCCCCGAAGUCAACAUUUCUGUCUCCACGGUGAACCCUGCUUUGGACGACGCCAUUGGCUUACUGCAAUACAUCAACAACUGGCCAGGCAAAGGCGUCUACAUUCCGCUGAGCAGUGUCAUCACGGUCCCCCCCAAUGCCUCUUUGUCCGUUGCUGAGACCGCAUUGAUCCAGCAGGUGAAGGUCUCAUUGGACAAGGCUGCAGGUCUGAUGGACUAUGCCUCUUUCUAUGCCCUCGUGUGCGCAAGCCCCAGCCAGCCUUCCCUGACACAGAUCUGCACAGGAGGGAGACUGCCCGUGCUGUUUGGAUUGAUCAGUCAGGAUAAAGUGACCCAACAGGUGCUCCAGGCCUGGGCUCGGGACGUGGCCCCCUCCGACACGGCCGUCCUCUCCCAGCUGUUGAACAGCCUGCUGGGUGCCUCCAGCCCAGGGAACCAGGGCUUCUCCACCAUGCCUCAGCCCAACAGCAGCGCCCAGCCACUCAGCCCAGAGGAACAGCUGUUCCUGGAUGUAGGGUCGGUAGCCCUGGAUCUGAUGAAGGGGCUGCCUGGCUGGAGCUACAUCCAGACCUUCCUCAUGGGAGCCCAUGCCUCCAUGGAUCUGACCACAGAGAUGCUCAACUUCCAGCAGGAGCAAAUGUCGAACGUGCUGGCGGACGCCUCUUACAUCCAGCAGACCUUUCAGUCCCUGCUGCAGGACCAGGCAGCAGCCGACGCCUGGGCUGAGAGAGUCAUGGCCUCUGCUGUGGAGACCACUGUGAAGGUACUGCUGUCCCCAGGUCCUGUGAACUGUAGUGACCUUGCCGCCCCUUGGCUCUGGCUCUCCAACCUGAGCUCCAUACCUCCACACCUGCAGGAGCUAAUUUUCUGCCCAGGCAAUGACUCCUCUACAGUGAACAUGCUCCUCACCUAUCUUGAGCCUCUGGUCCAGAAGGUUAACGUGCUCAUGGCAGCGAUCCAGGGCCAGGACACGUUCAGCGUCACCCUCCCCACGCUUCUCUCGGACUGGAACACGCUGACACAAACCUAUGCGAGCUUCAGUCAGUUCCUGGGAGGAUUCUUCAACACACUGGGCCAGAGCUACUGGGCAGCCUGGUUUCCCCACCCUGACAACAUCACUGUGGACUGGGCUGGAAUCCUUGCAAGCCGAGGUCUUGACAUUUUUGGGACAGCAGGGUCAGAACUGCAGAAGAGUCCCUUGUGGCCUGGCAUGGAGCCAUACUUCCAUAUUGCCUACUGGAUCAUGACUUACCAACCCAAUGUCACUAUGCCACCAAACUGCACUGUAAAUGUGGUCACCAUGGUCCCCCACUGCCUUACUGAUUUCACCUGGGAGAAAUUCGUUGCACAGACUUCAUCUCUGAUUGCGGAGUUCUCCACCAACCCAGGAGCACUAGUGAGGUGUGUUCAGGGCUCCGCAGCUUUUCUGCAGGCUGUCUACGGAGACUAUGCUGUAGGCACAGUGGUGCAGUUAAUCACCUCCCCGGAGUUGCUGCCUGGAGACGGAUCCAUCCAGAGCCUUCUUGGGAGUCUCAUCCAUCUCCUCGACCAGGAUAUUCAGCUCCUCUCCAACAUCUUGUCCCUGGAGCAGUUUAACAGCCAGCUCUCUCUGUCUGUCCUUGAGGAUGUGCUGGGAGUCCUGGGCCUGAGGCCCCUAACGGCCAUCUGGGCAGAGGGCCCCGUCAAUGCCUCCGCUGUGAUUGGUGCCAUACUUCAAGCAGCUCAGAACAAUCAGUACCUUUUGUCUGGCAUUGGCUUGCCACAGAACCAAACAGAUCUGUCUGUGGUGGAACUGGAGGCGCUGAUCUUCCAAUGGCUGUCCAUGGAGGGCCAUCUGUCCCUCCCACUGUCCCUCAGUAUGGGCGAUGCCUUGCUCACUUAUUCUGCCUCCCUGAGUGCUGCUGAUCUUGCCUACCUGCAGCAGGUGCUUGACCCACUGGCUAAUCAGAGUGCUAAUGAUGUGGCUGAGCUGAUACUGCAGGCUAUGAAGGUGCUGAAGCAGGUGUUGGAGACGCCAGGUGACCCCUCAGUGGUGAUCCUGGGCUACCUGCGUCAACUGCAGGACUUCCUGUCUUCUGCUCUACAGCUGAGCAGCCACAUCCAGGUAAUUGGGCCCAACGGUACACUGACCCCACUGCAGAUGUCCAAUCUUCGCCCAGUUGCCUUAGAGACCCUCCAGCUCCUCCAGGGACUCAUUCAAACAAAUGACCUUUCAGUCCUUGAUGCCGUCUUAAAGCAUCUGGGUGGCCUUCUGCCCCAAGAGCUGCUCCCCCGCUAUGAGGAGCUGAUCAACCACACUCACGUGCUGAUCGGGCAUCUGUCUGCCUGUGCAGCAUCCGGUCUUGACUGCACAGCUGCAGUUUCUCAGACCUUUCGGAUCCUGGCCCAGUCUGCAGAAGUGCUACAACAGGCCACCAGCGGAGUCUUCACCAUUGAACUGAUCCCAGUAAAUACCUCUAACCUCUCAGGCCAAGGAGACCUUCCCCUCUCUGUGACAGUGGACCUGCUGUCUCUGCUGCUGCCUUGGGCGAAUGCGUCCAGCACAUCCACCUCACCAGAAUCCACUCAGAAGAUCAUUGCCCAGACCCUUCACUUCCUCCAGCAGGUCUCCUCCACACCCAACAUCAGCCUAAACUCUCUACAGCAUGCACUCCAGACCUCCAACCUCACUCUGGGGGAGCUGGACAUGAUCGCCGGGCUGGCAGGAUCCACUAACAUGACAGCAUUACUGGCAAACCUCAUUGGCAUAGUAGACGUCCAGCAAUGCUUUGAACCCCGCCCCCAAAAUGUAUCAUUGCAAGGAGGAUUCUCAAAUUCAGCUGAGGCUAACUGUGCCCUGGAGCUCAUAAUGAGGACAACGGGAUUCCUACAAGGCUUGCCUUUGCCCCAGGACACCCAGAAUACAUACACGGCCCUGAAUUACUUAAUUCGAUUCUGGGCCGACGAGUUCAUUGGGAAAGGGGACCUGGGAACCCUGUUGUCCUCUCUUGGAGAAGGUCAAGUUAACAGCUCUGUGAACGCACUGAUGGCCAUGCUGGAAAAUAUCAGUGAGAACCUGGAAGACCUCCUUCCGGAUUCGUGGCAGCAGAUCAGCAAUGAAAUCCAAGUGCUAGAAGGCCUACUCCACCUUGUCAGUGCAGUGUACCCGUUUGACACCAUCAACUCCACCCUUAUGAAUCAGCAGGAGUACUCACAGAGAGUUGUCAUAGAGAUUGCAGAGUGGUACCUGGAGAAGCUGGAGAACGUAACCCGCAGUAGCAACUUCUCCAGUCUCCUCUACCCCAUAUUCAGGAUCACUGAGAUGCAGCUGGCAUACGCUCUGGCACAAGCUCAGUACACCGAGUUUGUGACUGAGCUGACUGAAGACUUGAUCAAGUCUGUUCACAUCCCCCUGAAUGGGACAGACCUGAGCAAAAUCGGUCACUAUGUCGUUGCUGUUCUUCAGGGUAACCUACAGCUGGUAAAGAAAAAUAUUGAGCUUCAGAGGGACUUUUAUGUGGCUUUAGGUCAACAGGCCCCAGACUUUAGCUUCCUGGAAGAGAUAGAGACCCAGAUAAUGAAGUACUUCAACCUUACUCGGGAUUGGUUGAAUGAUGCCCGCCUGACUUCCACCAUAGCGAAAAUCCUCCAGUGGGAUGCAGCCUCUCUAAACCUCACCACUCCGAUAACAGACAUCAGCCAGCUGCUAGACACCUUAGCACCUGUCCUUGCGGAGGACCAGCAAGCCUACCUCAUUCUUGUGAACAACGUCUCUCAGGCGCUGAACAACGCUCUUCUAGCGGCUAGCCAAGAGGGCGGAGUCCAGAGUGCCAACUUCACGGAAGCAAUUCUGGAGGCAGCGAGGGUGAUCCUGCAGAACCUCAGCACUGAGACAGGGCCUCUGCCAGCCUCUGUCAUCCAGGAUGCCCUGGGGGUCCUCCAGGGAUCCUUGCAGCUUAUCGUCCAUCCUGAGAUGAGCUAUGCAGAAGCCCGCCAGCUCACUUUGAACAUCCUCAGGCAGGGUGAGGCCCUUAUCCAGGCUCUUUUCCCCAGGGAGGCUACCCCUGUUCUCUUGCAGAUGACCCGUGCUGUCACUGUGUACCUGGAGACCAUCUCUCAACCUGGGGGUCAGGAUAAGUGGAACGAGAUCAUCAUAAAUGAGCUGCAGCUUUUCCUGCCUCCCAACACAAGUGCAGAAUCCUAUCUUUCCCUGAUAAUGGGCGUCACAGAACUCUUCCUGGGUCCCAGUCAAGAAGGAAACCUUUCCUUAUGGGAAAGCUUGUUGAAUGGUGAUGUCAGAGACCUUGCUGAAGCCACUGACAAGCUCCGGGACAUCCUGGACUCUCUGUCACACCUCCUCCCUGGGGGACAGGAAGUGAGUCUGGCCCUGCAGUCCACGCAGGCCCUGAGUGACGCCGUCCCCGUCCUGCUGCAGGUCGUCAGUGCACAGGCUGAUGAGCACACCUGGGACAGGGCAGAGAGGAUGUUCGGAUCUCUGCUGCUGGCCAUCAAUGGCACCCCUUUCUGGGAUGCCAUACCCGUCGUCCUACCUGUCAUGAGAGCCUGGGUUCGCAACUUCAGGGCCAGUGCAGAACUCCUCCACAGUCUUCAGAAGCCAAUAGCCAACUUAAUGUCAGAUAUAGCGCUUGCGAUGAACUCCAGCGAUGUGGACCUGAAUGAUGUCUUUGAGUCAAUACCUGAAGUCAUCGAGGACACUGUGGCAGUCAUCCAGCAGGCUCAGGAGACUGGUAAGGCCUUAGAGUGCAAGGACGUGGUGGAAGCCUUGGAAGACCUUUCAGAGACAGUCAGCGUCAGUGAGGACAGCCUGGUCAUGUGGUGUAACAUCAGCCUGCUCCCGGCCAUAGAUGAAUACAUGUCUGCCGCUGGUGUGCUUGCAAAUCUCAGCACAGUUGGGGUCGGAAUGGAAAUGAAUCCUGACAUCAUUACGGCGGCGACGAUUGUGACGGAACUGCGGGACUUGUACUCCGCCAUUCUGAACCUAACCCACAACUUCGAGGGACUCGUCAUCGAGCUUGUCAACCAUAUAUCAAAACUCCCCAACCUCCCACAACAAGGCCAGAACAGCACAGAUGAACUGAUGAACCAAAUUCUUGGGCAACAGAUGUACCAGAGCAUUUUGGAAGUCCCCGCUUCGAUCAAGCCCUUGUUGGAGCAGGUCACUGCUGCAGCCCCCUGGAUGCAGCCAUACGUUGAUGCGGUAGAGAUGAUAGUUAACUACACACUCUGGAACUCUUUCGGUCCUGGGAAUGCCUCAGUUACUCCACAGCUUCUUGGAGAGGCCUUGCAGGUCUUCCUGACUGGAUUAAACUGGAAUGACGGCUCCAUCCAACACAUCUUGAACGGAGACCUUUUCUCAAGCACUGACGGGCGCUUCAUCGACAAAGUACUGAAGGAUACAAUUAGAGAGAUGAUUCGGCUGAGAGUGUUAGGAGACUGGCCAAUGGCAUAUGGCAUUAUGGAGCAGCUGUUAGGUGUGGAUGCCACCGGGGUGCUGCUAGAGCAAGCCUUUGAGCUGAAUGCGUGGUGGGGCUCCACUGAAUCCUCUGGAAUGAACUUUUUGUCAGAGGCUAUGGUGAGACUCUACGGCAUGGUAAGGGCCAUCUUGUCCUCCGUGACGGAGCUGAACUUCCCCUUGCCCUCUUACUCGAACAUCUUCGUCGACCUUGCUGGGAACGUGCUCAACAUGCUGAGGCAGAUCGCCCGUACCAGUGACCUCUUUGCCCCCAUCGACGCCUACCUCGCUCAGCUGCAGGAGCAGGUUGCUGGAGGGAUGACCCUGAACGACCCCCUGCCUCAGACCCACGCCUCCAACAGGGUCAGACGUGCUGCAGAGAGGGAGCCUAUUGAUGACUUCUUGGACCUCUUCGAGAUAGACUAUCAGACUCUGCUAAAGGCCCUCUCUGCUCCGCCCACCACCGCUGAGAUCUUGGAGACCGUCCAUGUCUUUUUCGCCAACCCAGACCUCUCCGUUGUCCUGAAGGGCUUAUCCAGAGAGAUGAUGGGGGGCUCCAAUCAGGAUGAGACUAUAGACACUGCCCUCCGUGUUCUCUCCUACAUCACAGCUUCUGGACAGUGGGAGAAGUAUGCUGAGGUGUUUACACAGAUCGCCCAGGAAGGCUGGAGUUUGAGUGACCUCAGCAAGAUGGAGAAGCUUGUGGAGAGUAUGGGAACGCUGGUCGACGUGGCCGUGGUGCUGUCCCGGCAACCCUCCCUUGACGUUGCCCGCAAGCUGGAGCACGUGGUGGAGCAGCUCAGCCCCGUGGUGUCCAAUAUCAUUCAAGGCCAGCAGGGGAACAAUGAUACAGCCAUCCAGUUCCUCAUGGCUUUCACCAGCAUCCUGCAGGAGAACGUGGAAGCCGCUAAAGACGUUAGCACGCUAGUCUCCACCAUUGUCCAGGAUCUUGUCACCUCUAUAUCUAGGCCAGAGUCUCAAAACAGCAUAGACCCUUACAUCAUGGCGUUGGAUCAGACUGUGGCUGCCUUCGCUACCUUCCUGCCCUCGAUGGAUGUGAUGUACUUAAACUCCUCGGCCCAGCUGAUGAAGGGCUUCAUGAUGCUUGUGUACUACCCCAGGAACACGGAGAAGUUGCUGCUGUCCACCAGCAUGAUCUCUGCAUCACUAAAUCACCUCCUGACUGCUGCUGGGGAGACCAGCCUUCCAUCUGGGCAGUCAAUCCAGGAAGUCUCCCACUCCAUUGUUCUCAACAGUGUACUUGCCACUCAAGCCCUGUGGAACCUUUCCACCUCCAACCAAAGCUUCGGAAGCAUGCAGGAACGACAGCAGGCAGUGACACAGGUGCUCCAGCACCUGGUCUCCAUGCUUCCAGAGGAGCAGAGGAAGUAUGUCCUGCCUCUACAGCCUGUGCUCCUGUCCACACUCUCUGGGGUGUCCAGCACUGCUGAAAUCCCCCGUGUGUUCUUCAACGUCUCCAAACAGGUCACCAUCUCUCUGUUGACAAUGCUCAAUGUCACUGAGUCCACACUGUCCCCAGGCAACUACUCUACUGGUGGCCUCGUCCAGAUCCUUUUCAGUGUCUCAGACCUGGUCUCCAGCAGCCUGUGGGCAAGCUUAGCCAUGGACCCAUCCUCGAUCAGUCUGCCCCAUGUGUUCCAGCCUCUGCGCCAGGCAGUCCUGCUCCUGACUCCUGUGUUGCCGUUGGAAGGCAGGCAUUACCUUAAUGCCUCUCUCAGAGUCCUGGAGACCAUGGUCGUUGUCCUCAACUACACUGCUGCCGGUGGAGAUGCAAUGGCUAUUGCCUCCGCAGUUGGUGCCUCUGUCCAGUCUGUGCUGGUUAUUGUACCAUACCCAGGUUUCCAAGCCAGUGGUAACAUCGUCAGUGACCUUGAGCAAACCUUCCAGGACGUUCUUUUAAUCCUCUCUUCUGACAGUGGACCCUUGGACCAGACAACCAGCAUUGCCCAGCUUCUCCUACAUAACUUCCACAGUCUGCUAGUUCUGGCUAACAACAGCACGGAGGUCCAGGUGGCCCAAAUGGUUCUGGGAGCUGCCCAGGCAAACAUCGGUCACUUGCUGACUAUGAACGCUACAAACUGGGUGAAAAAGCUCCCAUUCGUGCUGUCUGAUAUUGGAGACCGAAUUCCAGAUGGACUUCCCUAUGCUACCUUAAUAAAGAAUCUUACCAGGAGCCUGGCCAGCGAAUCUCAAGAGGACCUUAAUAUCCUGCUUCAGACUGGACAGACUGUCUCUGAGAUCCUUGCAUCUGACUGGAUGUCCAGAAACAUCUCUCUCCCCCUUGACCGCCUGCUGACCCAGGUGUGUACACUGGAGGGGAUGAGUUCGGUCCAGCUGCUGUCCCAGGCCCUGUCCAUCCCCCCUGGGCUGCUGUGUGAAAUGGGCGUCCCCACCGUUCAGGCCGUCCACAUGCUGACGGCCAGCCUUCUGGAGGAUGGCAACGCCGGCCUCAAAACCCUCUCAGACAUGCUGUUCGAGACCUUCGUCGGAGACCCCACCACGUACCACAUCAAUGCCAACUGGACAUCUGCCCUCUCAGAAAGCCUGGGCUUCAAUGUGAGCAGUCUUAUGUCUCUUAACAUCAGCGUCAGCCCUCUAGGUGAUGUCAAAGUGUCUGAUCUUCUGAAGAACAGGACGGCUUUUACAAUGGAUGUCCUGCAUCUGACCAGCAUCCCUCCAGAUGUCCUCAAUUUCCUGAUGGAUAUAGUACUGCCCGACAACAACCUCCAGCUGCUGGCCUGGCUGGCCAACAUGCGGCACUGCAGCGACCCGUCCAUCCUGGCGCUGAACGGGACGGAGGCACUGAUCUUCAAGGUCUUCUGCUCACUCCCUCCGCAAGAGUGGUACAACUUCCUGGUGCUGGUCGCUCGCUACGUCAACAUGGAGAACGUCAUUUACAGGCUGAUACUGUCCAAUGACAUGCAAAGCCUGGUCGGCGUCAUGCUGCAGAUGCUCAAAUUCCUCAUGGACAUGAUGGGAAAGCUCCUGCCCUCCAUCAGCCGGCUGCAGGGGUACCUGGUGUCGAUCCAGGAUCUCAACCUCGUGGCUAACCCAGAGUUCCGCAGCCUGGUGCAUGGCCAGCGCUCCACCAUCUCCAGCAGGGCCACUUUCACCACCAUCUCGCGGGCCAUGUGCACCAAUGGCAUGCUCUCCCUGUUUGGCAUCUCCAAGCUGCCCAGCUUCGCCGACUCGGACCCCUCCACCCAGGGGGACCCCAAGAUCGAGGAGCUCAUCGAGAAGUUCAAGAUCCCCCGCGAUGCCACCCCCUUCUGCAUGAACUUCUACCUGGACAUGGUGAACACCACAGGGGGUGCCGUUGCCUGGGCCUUCCUCAAGCCAAUGCUGUUGGGUCGGGUGCUCUACACCCCAGACACACCCUUGACCAGGGAAAUCAUCCAGAAGUCCAACGCCACGCUGCAGCAGUUUGCAGACCUGAGGCUGUACGCUCAGGAUUGGCUCAAGUCGUCUUCCUACGUGGUGGAGUCAGCAAAUCUGCUGCAGAAAACCCUCCCCAUCCUCAAGAAUUCCCUCAGCAAUGCCUUUGUGCAAAACUUCAUCCAGUUGCAGACGGACAUUGAUGUCACCCAGAUGCAGCAGACCCUCAACAACUUUUCAAACAUGACUACCCUGCUUGAGAAGAACAAGAACAUCAUCCAGCAGAUAACCACCCUCUCCACGCUGAUGAUGAACCUCUCGUCCUGCGUCAACUUCAACCGCUUCCAGGGCCUGAACUCCACCGAGGAGCUCAACACCCUGGGCGAGGAUCUCAGCCGCACCCGUGAUCUCUACGCCAGUAUCAUCUUCAACCUGCCCAAGAGCAACCCCACAAGCCCCUCUCGGCGGAGACGGGACGCCUCUGGCUCACCUCUCCCGCCGAAGGUGGAAUACACCAUUCGGAUGCACAUCGAGAACGUCAUGCGGACGGACCGCGCCCGAAACCCCUUCUGGGUGAAGAGCGCCUACAUCUCGCCCCUCAAGACCCAGCGCUACAACCGGGGCUUCAUCUACCUGCAGGAGAGCAUCGAGCGCGCCAUCAUCGAGACGCAAAUCGGCCGUAAAGUGGAGGAGCCAGCAGUCCAGCUGCAGGCGUUCCCUUACCCCUGCUACCUCCACGAUGAGUACCUCAACAGCAUCUCCUUUGCCUUCCCAUUGGUCCUCAUGAUUGCCUGGGUCCUGUUCAUCGCCAACUUUGUCAAAAAACUGGUUCACGAGAGGGAGCUUCGUCUGCAUGAGUACAUGAAGAUGAUGGGAGUCAAUCCCAUCAGCCACUUCUUCGCCUGGUUCAUAGAGAGCGCGGCCUUCCUGGUCGUCACCAUCAUCAUCCUCACCAUCAUCCUGAAGGGCGGCCGCAUACUGCCCAACAGCAACGGCUUCCUGCUCUUCCUCUACCUCUGUGACUACGGCCUCUCCAUCCUGGGCAUCAGCUUCCUGGUCAGCUCCUUCUUCGACAAGACCAACAUCGCUGGGCUGAGCGGCAGCCUCAUCUACGUCAUCUGCUUCUUCCCCUUCAUUGUGGUCGUGUCCCUAGAGUCCUCUCUCUCCUUCUCUGCUAAGAGCGCACUGAGUCUCUUCGCUCCCACCUGCUUCAGCUACGCCAGCCAGUACAUCUCUCGCUAUGAGAGUCAGGGUCAAGGGAUCCAGUGGAGCAACUCCUACAUCUCACCCCUGUCGGGUGACACUGCCUCCUUUGGCUGGCUGUGCUGGCUGCUCCUCAUUGACUCUGCUCUGUACUUCAUCAUUGGCGCGUACAUCCGCAUGGUUUUCCCAGGGAACUAUGGCAUCGCAGCACCUUGGUACUUCCCAGUGAUGCCCUCCUUCUGGGCGGACCUCUUUGGGUGCUGCAAGAAGGGGCCAGAGAAGAAGAGGCGGGGCUUGUUUUUCACCAACAUCAUGCAGAAAAAUCAGGCCGUCUUCCCUAAAGACAAAGAUCAGGCUCACUGUGGCUUCCCGUCCCAGAUAGAGGAUGAGUUCUCUGGCCUGCCAGUCGGGGUCGCCCUCCACGGCCUGACAAAAACGUAUGGGAGUCGCCAUGCCAUCCAGAACCUCAACGUCAGCUUCUACGAAGGCCAUGUCACUGCACUGCUGGGUCACAAUGGCGCUGGGAAGACCACCACCAUGUCCCUCCUGACUGGUCUCUUUGGCCCCACCUCUGGCUCCAUCGAGGUCUAUGGGAAGGACAUGCAGUCUUACAUUGACGAUAUUCGCAAGGAGCUGGGUGUGUGCAUGCAGUACGAUGUCCACUUUGACCACCUGACCACCAAGGAGCACCUGUUGCUGUAUGGGCAGAUCAAGGCCCCCCACUGGACACGCAGGGAACUGCAUGAACAAGUGCGCAAAAUCCUACAGGAGACUGGGAUGUACGCCCAUCGGCACAAGCGGGUAGGCACUCUGUCGGGCGGCAUGAAGAGGAAGCUCUCCAUCUCCAUCGCCUUCAUCGGGGGGUCCCGUGUGGUGGUGCUGGAUGAGCCCACGACAGGGGUGGACCCCUGCUCCCGACGUAGCAUCUGGGACAUCGUCAUCCAGCACAAGAAAGACCGCACCAUCAUCCUGUCCACCCACCACCUUGACGAGGCGGAGGUUCUCAGCGACCGCAUCGCCUUCCUGGAGAGGGGUGGGCUCAAAUGCUGUGGCUCACCCUUCUACCUCAAAGACAAGCUGGCCCAGGGCUAUAACCUCACCCUCACGAAGAAGGUUCAGACUCCAGAUUCACAGGAGAGGUUUGACAGUGAGGAGGUGAAGGCCUUCAUUCAGUCCCACCUCCCAGAGGCACGUCUGAAGGAAGGGGAGGUGGGCGAUAUGGUCUACACCCUGCCCCCCUUCAACUCCCACAAUGCAACUGCCUACCGCUCCCUGCUCACCGGCUUGGACCAGAACCUGGAUGCCCUACAACUUGGCUGCUACGGGAUAUCUGACACCACACUGGAGGAAGUCUUCCUCCAGCUGACCAAAGAUGAGAGCCAGUCUGAGGAUGUGAGGUCCUGGCCCACUGGGGACUCAGUGGUUGACCUGACUGCCUCCAGAGAAAGCCUGCCUGAGGAAUCCACAGGAAGCACUUUCGGUGACCGAGACAUUCUGACAGGCUCUGCCUCUGUGCGCGGGCUAGCUCUGAUUGGCCAGCAGAUAGGGGCCCUGCUGAUGAAGCGGGUGCACCACUCUCGGCGAGACUGGAAGGGCCUGCUCUCCCAGGUCCUGCUGCCCGUGCUGUUUGUCAUCGCCGCCAUGGGCCUGGGCUCCAUUAAGACCGACCUGCAGUACUUCCCUAAAAUGGAGCUGUCCCCGGCUCUCUACCACACCAGCCAGCAGUACUCCUUCUUCAGCAAUCAGAAUGCCAACUCCAGUCAGCUGGUGGACACCAUGCUGUCCUUCCCCGGAAUAGACAACUCGUGCAUGGAUGGUGGUGGCAACCCGGUGUGUCUGAGAAACGGAAAGACUGACCCUGCGGCUUGGACAUCAAGUGGAAACAGUUCAGCUCCCCUGAUACCAUGCAAAUGCAGCAAGACAGAGCAGGUCUGUACCCAUUAUAACUAUGAGCCCCCCCACAAGAAAAUCCCAUCCUCACAGAUUGUGUACAACCUGACAAGCCUCAAUAUCGAGGACUACCUGCUGGUCACUGCUGACGACUACAUCCGCGACAGAUACGGGGGCUUUGCUUUUGGAAAGCCCCUUCCCACUGACCUUAAGAUGGACCUAUUGGAUGUGCCCCAAAACAGAACCCUCACCAAGGUCUGGUAUAACCCAGAGGGACACCACACAAUGCCAGCUUACCUGAACACUCUCAGUAACCUCAUCCUAAGAUCCAGCCUACCCCCUGAGAAGGACCCCCGGCAAUACGGGAUCUCCGUGUCCAGCCAUCCUUACCCUGGGCAGGUGCAAGAUGAAGAUGCCAUGAUUCUGAGUCUGGUCCACAUCCUGGUGGCCCUGUGUGUCCUGACGGGCUACUCCAUCAUGACAGCCAGCUUCGUCAUCUAUGAAGUCCAGGAGCACCAUAGCGGCUCCAAGAGGCUGCAGCACAUUUCUGGCAUUGGUGAACCCUUCUACUGGGCAAUCAACUUCUUCUACGACAUGGCCCUGUACAUGAUCCCAGUGGCGCUCUCCAUUGGUAUGAUUGCUGCCUUCCACCUCCCAGCCUUCACUAACAACCAGAACCUCGGAGCUGUAUCACUGCUGCUAGUUCUCUUCGGCUUUGCCACGUUUCCCUGGAUGUACCUCCUGGCUGGGGUCUUCAAGGAUGCAGAGAUGGCCUUCAUCAGCUACGUCUGCAUCAACCUCUUCAUCAGCGUCAACACCAUCAUCUCCACUUCCGUGGUCUACUUCCUGUGGCAGCUCCGGGGGCACGAGGAGAGUGUGCACCAGGUGUACCAGACCCUCAGCUACGUCUUCCUGAUCUUCCCCCAAUUCAGCUUUGGGAACGGGCUAAUGGAGCUGGCACGGAUGGAGAUGCAGGUGCAGAUCCUGAGCACAUACGGUGUGGACGCCUACAAAAACCCCUUUGGCAUUGACGUGCUGGGCUGGAUGUUCGUCUCCCUCUUCCUGCAAGGGACGGUCUGCUUCAUCCUGCGCCUGCUUAUGAACAAGUGGCUGAUUCGGAGGAUCAGGAGGCUCCUGUGCCGUAUCAAGGCACUGCCGGAGGCGAGCCCCAUCAGUGAGAACGAGGACGAGGACGUGGUGGCGGAGCGCGAGCGAGUGGCCACCGGAGCGGCCAGCACCGACCUGCUGCAGGUCAAUCAGCUCACCAAGGUGUACCAGCACCUGCGAAAGAAGGUGCAGGCGGUCAAGAGGCUGUCUGUGGGCAUUCCCGCUGGGGAGUGCUUUGGGCUUCUGGGUGUGAACGGGGCUGGCAAGACCACCACCUUCAAAAUGCUGACAGGAGAUAUCAGCCCCACAGAUGGGACCGCGCAGAUCCGCGACUGGGACGGGAGGAUGGUGGACAUCAUCGACUGCCGUAACGAGGGCAUCAACAUCGGCUACUGCCCCCAGGUGGACGCUCUGGAUGAGCUGCUGACUGGCGAGGAGCACCUUUAUUUCUACGCCCGAAUCCGGGGCAUUUCCAGCAGGGAGAUUGAUGGGGUGGUGAACUACCUAUUGAGGAAGCUGGAGCUGGCCUCCCACAGACACAACACCAGCCAGAACUACAGCUGUGGCACGCGCAGGAAGCUGUCCACCGCCCUGGCACUGAUUGGGCACCCUCAGAUCCUGCUUCUGGAUGAGCCCAGCUCAGGGAUGGACCCCCGUUCCAAGCGCCACCUGUGGAGGAUCAUCUCAGAGGAGGUGAAGGGGAAAUGCGCCGUGGUCCUGACCUCCCACAGCAUGGAGGAGUGUGAAGCCCUCUGCACACGUCUGGCCAUCAUGGUGAAGGGCCAGUUCAGGUGCUUGGGCUCUCUGCAGCACAUCAAGAACAGGUUCGGCAGCGGGUUUACCGUCAAGAUGUACCUGGCGGUGGCCUCCUGUGAUGUGAACGUCAUCACAGACUUCAUGCAGCACCGGUUCCCCAGCACGUACCUGAAGGACCAGCACUCGGCCAUGGUGGAAUACCACGUGCCUGUGGCCCCUGGGGGCGUGGCUGACAUCUUCGACCAGCUGGAGUCCCACAAGGCCGAGCUGCAGAUCAAGCACUUCUCCGUCAGCCAGACCACCCUGGAUGAGGUCUUCAUCAACUUUGCCAUGGGGAAGGUUGGCAUGGAAACAAUCCCAAUCCACAGUGAAGGCUCGGACUCCGAGAGUGUAGACUCUAUAGAGGCCAUAGACACUUAGGGGAUGAAGGAAGGACAAGGGUAACAUCUUACCCAUAGUGCAAUUUUUAUGUAAGGAAGCAAUCACUUAAUUUAAAUGCAAAAGCAAUCUUCAUGUAUGCACCUUUAAUAGUCAUUAUGUUUAUUUUAUGGUUAUUGUUGUUAUUGCCGGCCCUACGUGAAGGUUAAUUCAGCUACCCUGUUCUACUUCAGCUGUAACUUUCUAUCAAGGUUAAAAUCUUGUGUAGAUGUAACAUUCUUAAAAUGUUCUUUGUAAUCAUACUGUAGUCACAUGAUCAUGUUACUAUAAUGUUAUUGUAACGCUGACAGAAUACUCAGAUUUGAAUGGGGAUUAAGUGGCCACCACUGAAUGAGUGUGCAACAUAUGCCUGAUCUAAUAGCAGGGGGGCAAGCACUGAACAAUGCAAUAGAUUGUUUACUGAAUAAGCACAUGUGUGUAUUUCACUGUCCUGUUUCAUUGGAAAGUAAUUUACCUAUCAGUACUUUAAAAUUUAGAUUAAGUCUAUCACUUAAUUAUAAUAAGAAUAUGGAAAUAUUACUUUUUUUGAAAGACGAAUAGAUUGCUUAAGAGGUUUGGAAUCUAUCUCAUUACAUGAACGAUUAAUUGCAGGUACUGUUUUUGUAUGAAUGAAGUGCCUUGACCAUGAGAUUUUUCAGGUUGUCCUGAAGGUUGGUUUUUUCAAGCCAAAGACUUCAUAUAUAGAACCGAUGCAAAAAAAAUAAUAAAAACAGUUUUGCCAAAAACAUAGAAACAGUUGUUUUUUCAAGGGAUUGGUUUGAUAACAUUACUUCUUUUGCAUCUAAGAUUACACCCAUCAUUUAUAAUUAUUUCUUUAAAUGUUACAUUUUUAUUGCUGUAGGCUACUUU